AAUAUUGCAAGAUACAGCAAAUUGAUAUCCCCGAAGGACACUGGCCAUAAUGAAGAGAGAGAGAAGAAGCUGCUUGACAGGUGUCCUCCUGGCCAUGAGGGUACCAAGUUUGUCGACAUGCCUGCCACAGUUCUUGAUGUCACCGGUGCGAUCAUCAUGUGGUAUCUCCCUGAAAUUUGGAAGGCCUCGCAAUUGCUGACUCCCACACUUGAAAAAAGUGUAAAAGUCGGCAGCAGUUGGCGGACUCAUGAAGAGUGGUUCGGUCAAGGCUCUGGGAAUGGUGACAUCACUGCCGGAUGCAUCAAUAUAUCCCCAGCGUGGUUUCAGCAGGGGCAUGAGACUGUCUCAGAUCCGGAGGUAUCCGCUUCCUUGAAGGGUCCACUUUUCGAGGAUAUCCUCAAAGCUAUUGCGAGGCCGGCAGCUAUAGCCUCAGCAGCACUCAGGGUCAUGCAUCCUCGACAGUACUGGGCAGGCAUGCGUGCCUUUUCAAGCCUCGGUGAGUCGGCUGAAACCAAGAACCUUCCGAACAUGUCAGAGACCCUCAAGCUCUGGGCUUCCGUCUUCAAUACCCUCUCU